AUGUCCGCCUUCUUGAUGCCUGCAGCCUGCCGCUGCCCUCAACGGUCGAUGCUCUCCCACUUUGUCACACCUCAAUCAACCACCAGCCCAUCCCUUACCUUGACAUCCUCCGGAUCCAGAACUAGAACCAGAGUCACCACCACCAUCACCGCUACACGCACCCGCUCCUCCCUCGUUUCGUCUCCUCAUCAGCAACAUCAUCAGCAAAAGCGCCAGCAACAGCACCAUGCCUCGUCUUCCAACAUCUCUGCCGCUGCCUCUGCAGCCGCCGACUUUGCAUCACAACCAUUCCUGUUGAACGGCUCCAGUCAGUCAAAGAUCUUUGCACCUCAGUACCAAACCCACUCGCCCCUCCCACUCUUUUAUCAAUCUCAAUUGCCCUACCAGGCUCCUCCUGUCCCCAAAGUCAUGCCUUUUUACCAGUACCCCUCCUCGUCAUCAUCAUAUGUACCUUCUUCGUCAUCUACACAUCAUACGACGGUAUACCCCUCGCACCAGCAAAGAGUCAAACGCCAACCCUCCUUGAAGUAUGGCUCGUAUGCGUCCAGGACCAUCCCCCCUAUGAUGUCUGCCCCCGUCAUGGAGCAGAGACCAAUCCAGUUCGACAGAGCGUUUUUGGACCUUGCCCGGAAACGAUUGGAGGAAGGAAAGGAACGCUCUAGUCAUCACUUUGACUAUUGCAAAGACAAGCCCUUGCGCGAAGCUGCUGUCUUCAUGCCAUUGUGCGUGGUCAAGGGAGUUCCCAGCGUGUUGUUCACCCUCCGGUCGUCAAAGUUGAGGAACCAUCGUGGAGAGUGCAGCUUCCCAGGAGGAAAGCGCGACCCAACAGACAAAUCCUGCCUCGAGACAGCCUUGCGGGAAAUGGAAGAAGAGGUCUUUAUCUCCCGGGACCAAGUCGAGAUCCUGGGCGACUUUACACCAAUUCCCAACAAGGACUGCACCAUGCGCGUUCAACCCUACAUCGGCCUCAUCCGUCAACCCAUUAACGAUAUCUCAGAAAUUAAAUUCAACACUGACGAGGUCUCCAAAGUCUUUACUAUCCCUGUGGAUGAGCUGUUGGACCCUGCCAAGCGCAAGAAUUUGGUUCGGUUCAGGGACUCGAAAUACAUGUACCCGAUCUACCAUGCUGAGGAGGAAGGGUGCACCGUCUGGGGGUUGACGGCGUUUAUUAUGGAUGGCGUGUUGAGGAGGAUGUUGAAGCAAGGACCUGAGGGGGCUAUGAUCUGUCCAGAGAACGGAACCAUUCAGCGGUACAAGCCUGCUCCCGUCCUUGCGCCAUCUGCUUCUGCACCUGAACCCGUCGCCGUGAGCGCAUGA